AUGGCCACUACACUCUCUCGUCGGGAUCUGGCCGUCCACUCAACGGCAUUCAUCGUCGUAGUCGUAGUCAUCGGCGUCGUCGUCGCCAACCUCCUCAUCCUCUUCACAUGGCUCCUCGUUCGACACUACCGCAGGCGCAACACCCACACCCGCGCGCCCUCCCCACCACCCACCAACGCGCUCCACCUGCGGACGUCCGUGCAUAGCGACACCAAGCGCCGACCCGGCACCGGCAACAGCAGCACCAGCACGCGCCCGUCGAGCGCGUUCUCCAACUCUGCGCUCGCGGAGAAGCUCGGGCCGCUCAUGCCGCCCAGAGCGCACAUCACCGCGCCCGCGCCCAUCCUCCUCUCCACAUCCCAACCACCAGCUCAACGCACGCGAUCAUCAACUUCAUCCCGUCCCUCCUUCGACCGCAGUCCACACCUUACACCCGUCCCACCACGGCGCUCGAACUCCUCCCGCCGCUCGCGCAACUUGAAUGUCCUCUCGCCUUCCGCGUCGUUACGAAGAGCGGCGGGAACGCCGAGCGCGAUGAGCGUUGCGGAUAGUGCUAGCGUGUAUAGCACGGCGAGCGCGUUUAGGGAGGACGAAGAUGGGGAUGUUAUUAGUAGUUUGCCGAGGGUGAGGGAGGGGUGGAGGUGGAGGCCACGAAGCCGGACGCCGGUGCUUGUGUUGAGGGAUUUCGAGGAUGAGGAGAGGGGAAUGGCGGUUUGA